UCACUUUCCAACUCAUCGUACAUACACGGAAGCGCAGGAUCGCCCCUCUAUUUCCUGAGAGAUGGCCUCCAUAAGGGAUGCGAACCUCUACACCCUCCUGAUCAGGCCUUCCCCGGACUAUCCCAAUGUGCUUCAACUCAUAGACAGUUCCCGGGGUUCCGAGGUCCGGUACCUGCGAGUCAAAGAAGACAACUCUGUAGGACCGGAUGGAAAACCAAAGUUGGAGUAUGCCGCUGGAGGAUACGAUGCAGGGUUAUAUGACGCAUAUACGAACGCAAAGCUGGCUUCGGUUAGCGCAUCCAGCUUGAAGGCGAAGAGCAGAAAGCUCGAGCUGCACAGUCCAGAUAUACAAUUGCCUUUCGGAUUCUCGGGAACAUUGUCAUUCGAAUGGACAUUCACGUUCGAAGGCCACAAAUUCAGGUGGAACCGCCCCACAUUCCAUUCCUCCGAUUACGUCUGCUCUUUGGACCGGAAACCGGACCCAAGCGUUCAGCUCUGCUUAGGAAGAGAACCCGCAAAGGGGAAAGACGGAAUCAUCCAACUCUUGGAUUAUAACCUCGAGCGAUUCGAGUUCGAGGACAAGAAAGGACUGGAGAUUGCCAUGUAUACUUCCUUGUUGUCCAUCCUAGACGCCGCGGAAGAAAGACUCGCAGCUAGAGAUGGCAAACCCACCGUCCAGCCGAAAGUCGCGACUACAGAAGCAAGCGGUGCGAAUCCGGGACUAUCGAAAGGAGGUCGAAGAGAAAGCGCAGGAAAGGCUGUCGGUACGGAUGACAUGUCAGGUGCUAACCCCAACGAGCUGUUCGUCCGAGCUGACGGGUCGACAACGGAGUACUCGGCAAGGGCGGUCUCCCUUUUGGCGGAUCCUAGCGUGCUUUUCAUCAUCAUCAAGACCCGACAAGCAGAGGCCGCACAGAAAGCCGUCGAGGUGGCCGAUGCGACAAAGAGGGCAAGACAUCGAGCUGGCCUGGAUCAGGAUUCGAGGGGUCUAUACCAGUAUGUCGUGGAGGAAGAGGUCAAAUCUGCUCCGCGGGUCGCGAGUGGUCAACAAGGCCCUCGAGUGAUCGACCUGAAUGAUGCCCCCAAGAGCGAACCGAAAAGGAGUGACACCAAGGCGUGGCGACCGCCUCCGAAUAUCUCGAUCUACUUGUCCAAGAUUGAACUUCCCGACCUUCAUCCGGGUCGACUAGCAGCGCAGAAGUCGUCAUCAUCAGCAAGGAGAUCGCCUCCACGUAGCUCUGGACAGACUCCUCCGUUAAGGAUGGAACCUCCACCUGUCCCCAAACAUAACUCUCCAGGUCCUGGUACAAGUCAUGCGAAUCUUCGUCCACCGUCUUCGAACGCGCCGAAUUCACGUCAGCCUAGUUCAAGUUCGAGGAUGUCACCACAACCACGACCGUCUCCACCUAACCCGUCAAUUAGUGGCGGACAAUCAAGGCCUUCCAGCUCAGUGCCUGCUCCGAUCGCCAAACCACAGGUACCAUCACAUUUACCCCCUGAGCCCGAGCCGUUCGGGUUAGGAACCGUGGGGUCCAAGAUCGCCGCCCGACUCUUCUCAUCCAAGUGAUCGUAUCGCCGCGCGAAAGCGCAAAUGUAGCAUGCUA